CGGAGCCGGAAGUGUGCAUGUGUGCUGGACCCGGCAUGGAGCUGUGUGUGUUUAUGAGAGCGGAGAGCUGCGGGCUGGAGCAGGGUUACUGAUCUUAGCCUGACACUACAGCCUGUCUAUGUUGAGUGUUGAGUGUUGAGUGUGGGGCUGUGUAUGAUGGUGUUGAGGGUGUAGUGGGGGGGUCAGUGUGUGUGUGGAAGGAUGCUGCUCUCUGAAACAGUCAGUCUCCUCUUUUGUCUUAUCUUAGUUUUAGCUGCUGGAUCUGGCAGCACCAGGGAGCAUAAAGAUCUGUGCUCAACCUGCAGACAGAUCGUGGACAACUUUAACAAGGGCUUUGAGAGAACAGCUAAUAAAAACUUCGGUGGUGGGAACACUGCAUGGGAGGAAAGAAAACUGUCCAAAUAUGAGACCAGUGAGAUUCGGCUGGUGGAGAUCCUGGAGGGCUUGUGUGACAGCGGCAGCUUUGAGUGCAAUCACAUGGUAGAAGAACAUGAGGAGCAUUUUGAGACCUGGUGGUUCAAGAGGAAAACGAAACAUCCAGACCUGCUGAAAUGGUUUUGUAUUGAAACAAUCAAGGUGUGCUGUCCCAAAGGAACGUUUGGACCAGACUGCAACACAUGUGUGGGCGGAGCUGAAAGACCCUGCCAUGGUAAUGGUAGAUGUGAUGGUGAUGGGACGAGAGGAGGAGAUGGGAAGUGCUCGUGUGAUGAUGGAUAUGAGGGGGAUUUUUGCCUGGACUGUGCUGAGAGAUUUUAUAAUGAGGAGAGGAAUGAUACCUUUUCUCUGUGUAAAGAGUGUCACCCAUCCUGCACGAAAUGCUCUGGAGGCACUGCUCAGGACUGUGAGGAGUGCAGGGACGGCUGGGAGGAAGACCAGGAAGGCACAUGUGUUGAUAUCGAUGAGUGCUCCAGUGAUCCCUCCCCAUGCAAAGAGAAGGAGUACUGCCUGAACAAUGAUGGAUCUUAUUCGUGCAGUGUGUGUGACAGCAGAUGUUCAGGCUGUAAAGGACCAGGGCCUGGAAACUGCCUGGCUUGCUCAGAGGGCUACAAGGACGAGGAGGGCACCUGCACAGACGUGGAUGAGUGUGAGCUGCCGGACAAAGUGUGCACUGAGGAACACCAGGAGUGCGUCAAUACUAAAGGCAGCUAUAAGUGUCUGUGUGAAAGUGGCUUUCAGGAGCAAGAUGGAGUCUGUGUUCCACAGCCAGAAACAGAGGAGAGUGAAGAAGAACCUGCAUCAGAUACUGAAGAUUCCCCCACUACCGAUAAGGUAACAGAGCGUGAGGACCUGUGACCUGUUCCUGCAGUACUUCUCCUAACCACCAGGGGACAGCAACUCUCCAGCAGAAGUGUGCUCAGAAUCACAUGGAGCGCACAGCACUUACUGUACAUACUCAGCAAACUGCACUUCUGUACCGGCGCAACAUGGACAGCUUAUUUUUUAUACUGUGGAAACAGAACAGUGUUUAUCCCAAGCACAGCCUCCCACUGCUGCCAAGCGUCUGUCGCCUUCAGGUUUUUAAACAGGCUGUUUUUUGUGAAUUAUAAUAAAGUCAUUCCACUAAAACUCA